AUGGUGGUGUUUGUCGACUACGAGCGCGGUGCCUUCAAUUAUGAGCACCGCCGCUUACCAGGGGAACCUCGAGGAUUGCUCUGCAACUAUGGCGAGCCCACUUCACCUCUCCUCCUUUCGAAGCUGAGGAGUCUCGGCUCGGACGCAUCCUCUUACACUCCAAGCGACGAUAGUAGUGAUUGUAGUAGUACUACCACUACCACCACUACUACUAUCAGUAAUACGACUGUGCUUCGGGAGCCUGACACAGAUGUCGCAGCUGAGAUACCCGAUAACCCAAACCGCAAUGCGUUCUCUGCUGCUCUGAGCUGCUAUCCAAUUGUGAAGGAGAUUGCGCGGUCCGUAGAUCUGAACACUCUCUACGCCCUCUCUGGAACCUGCCGGCAGUUCCAUGCCAACCUAAUGCCCUUUCGCAAUCAGCUGUGCAAAGAGACUCUCCGCUGCGAGAAUGAAUAUAUUGAGACCCUUUCCGGCAUGCUGAACGAGGACCCGGCGAUUCCGCAGAACAUGAGAUCCGUCUUCCACCUGCUGAGUCGGAACGCCUUCGAGUCUAGCCGGCUCAGUAGCGGCAAACUCAACAAAUGCGCCCGAGACAUGGUCUCGGAGUGUUGCAGAUGCUCCAAAACAGUGUGCAGGAACUGCACCAUCAAAGCCCCAAGCAAGACGAUGCUCAAGAAUCGUCUCCGCCGACUAUGCACAACGUGCCAGACUGCUGCCCCGUUAGCCCGCCACGCAGGGUCAGCAGCAGACCAGCCGAGCGUGUGCGGCUGCGAGGAUUCGGCCGCCUGGCUGUGCCAGGAAUGCGGGCAGACGCUGCGCAGCCGCGACACGACGUACCGGCGGGUAUGGGCCUGGCGGACCCGGUACAGCACUUACCUCGGCGGCGGGCUCGGGACGGGGAUCGGCGAAGGCUGCCAAGGGGUGAAAUGCGGGCGCGGCGAGGACUGCCUGGCAGCCAAGGAGAUCGAGCUAGAAGUCGACGGCGAGGAUACCUGCUGGCUAUCUUCGGAAUCCUCGACUCCGGGGUCAACUAGCUCUACCCUGAACGGAUACAGUCGUGGAUACAGUCAUGGGCGUGGUCGUAGCCCUCAUUCCAAACAUACCAACAACAAUACUAAUACUUCUAAUACUACUACUACUACUACUACUACUACUACUACUACCACCACUACUACUGGGACCAUUGGAGUCGCCGGAUCGCCGGAUCGCCAUGACGAAGAGGAACCGGGCUACUUCCGACAGGAGAUGGUGGGGAUCGGCGGCGUGGUCAAGCAUAAAGUGAAGAAACGGGUGACGGUGGGGGCGUGCGUGGUGGAGCACGAGGAAGAGCGCGAGACAGGGAGAUAUCUGGUUCGGGAGGAGGGCGGCCUCGAUCGAAGCUGGUGUGGAUGGUGUUGGAGGUGUGUACCGUCUAAGUUAUCAUCAUACAUCAUCUAA